UGCUUCGACCCCGAAGAAAUCCUCGCGAUGCCCAAGCUUCAAAGUAAAUCCCCAACACCCCAAACGGAGUCCCAGUAUAUCCCCACCCAGAUCAAGACCAAACACAGAAAAACACAAGAAAAAGAAAAAAACAGACCAAAACCCAACGAUAAAAAAGCAUCACGCAAAAAAGCACAGGGCGGCGAAGGCGAGAGAGAAAGAAAUCCGAAAUCUUCGACAACGCUAACCCGCCUGCUCCUUCCAACCCGAUGCACCAAAACCGCAGAAUCCCUUGUACAAAUGCGUAUCAACGAAUAUCAACCAACGCAGAAACCCGCCACAAUGCAGGGUUGCAAUAUGGACAACAUAAGUGUGAGCGCCCAGUUCGUGAGUGGGGCGUGA